AAAAAAACGAGAUGGCCGGCAUUUCUCCCCAAAUUACCAACUUGGUAAUCAUCCUCGUGAUGAUGCAAGUUUCCAAGCGUAUUCCCAUGGAAGACUCGCAGACGCUCAUGCUCAUCCGGGCUGGUUACGUACUGUCGAACGUGGUCAUUAUCUCCAUCUACGCCUACGUGCACUUCCUGAUCAAUAAGAAGAAGGAUAUGACAACACUGAAGUACGUCGAGCAACCCCAGAUGGGAAGCACCGAAGAGCCCAAGCUUGUCACGACCACCAACCACAAGUACGAUGUUGAGCAGAUGAAGGCUCUGUACAAGGCACAGAUCAUGGGAGUGGGAAUGAUGGCCGUCAUGCACCUGUACUUCAAAUACACCAACCCGCUCCUGAUCCAAUCGAUCAUUCCUCUCAAGGGCGCGUUCGAGGGCAACGAGAUCAAGAUCCAUCUGUUCGGGAAGCCAGCCAUCGGUGAUUUGAAGCGUCCUUUCAAGGCUGCUGCGGGCUUCAUGAGCGGUCUCCAAGGAGGAGCUGCCCCGACUCAGGACAAGAAGACCCUCGAGGCUGCAGAGAAGGCCGGGCGUGGUGGUGCCAAGGAGGAAUAGAUGCUUCGUUCGCCUUCUUGGAAAUAGAUUAAGGAUUUGUACGUGUAGGCUGGACGCUGCCAGUUGUGCUGGGGGUAGAUGGGUUUGGAGGGCCGUUUGCGCCUCUUGUAUUUGUAGAUGGUCUCGGAUGCGCUCCAAGCCAAUGCAUCUUGACUUCUAGAAUUGUUCGCCCUGUCAAUUACCAUGAAAAUCUGUGCAUAAUUCACUAGUAGUGUCUCAAAUGAUCCCGUUUCCGGAAUCCCGGAUUUAGCGCCUCCAAGGCUGUCGUAUUUUCGAAACCUCUUCGCCACUCGUUCAGCCUUGUUCUUUCAACAUCGAAUAAUCGUGACACGACUGCAAGUCUGCACAACAAUACCAACCAUGGAAAAGC